CGCAGUGUCACCAGCGGUGGUGACUUUUCGGCAUGAUGGCGUCCUCAGCUGCUCGCUGCUCCUCACGCUGGUUUACAGUCGUCGUGUCCUCUGGACCUCGAAGGGCUGUCGGUCUCCUUCUCUCCUCUGACCAUGGUGGCGUACGGCGUUUUUCUACCCUGGGAGCUGAAAAGCUGUGGCUUGGGGGCAGCUUGUGGUGCGGUGGAGCAGAAAAAGCGUUGACAUUGAGAAGGCUGUCAGGUCUGAAGUUGCCCCAUCCUCUCUACACAGCAUCCUUCCACACAAGCACCUCUUCCAGCAGCAAGCAGGAUUUCUAUCAGAUUCUUGGAGUCCCUCGCACUGCAUCCCAAAAAGAGAUCAAGAAAGCCUACUACCAGAUGGCCAAAAAGUACCACCCAGACACAAACAAAGAUGACCCGCAGGCAAAAGAAAAAUUUGCACAGUUGGCUGAAGCUUAUGAGGUCCUUAGCGAUGAAGCGAAGAGGAAGCAGUACGACACAUACGGUACAGCAAGCUUUGAGGCGGGUCAGGCUGGAGGAGGGCAGCAGUACUGGAGUGGACAGGCCAGCCACGUGGACCCAGAGGAGCUUUUCCGCAAAAUCUUUGGAGAAUUCUCAGGAGGACGUGGCUUCGGAGACUUCAACGCCAUAUUUGAGCAGCCACAAGAGUACAUCAUGGAGUUGACGUUCACUCAGGCAGCAAAGGGAGUGAAUAAAGAGAUGUCUGUUAACAUAGAAGUAACCUGCCAGCGCUGUGAUGGUAAGGGCCACGAGCCAGGGACUAAAGUUCAGCACUGCCACCACUGUAAUGGCUCAGGCAUGGAAACAAUUAACACAGGCCCGUUUGUGAUGCGCUCUACAUGCCGGCGCUGCGGGGGGAAAGGCACAGUUAUUUCAACCCCCUGUAACUCCUGCCGUGGAUCUGGACAAACCAAGCAGAGGAAGUCUGUGGUCGUUCCUGUCCCUGCAGGAGUGGAGGAUGGUCAGACAGUCAGAAUGCCAGUCGGAAAGAAGGAAAUCUUCAUCACAUUUCGGGUCCAAAAGAGCCCGGUGUUCAGGAGGGAAGGUGCUGACAUUCACUCAGAUCUUUACGUCUCUGUGGCACAAGCCAUUUUGGGAGGCACAGCCAAGACACAAGGACUUUAUGAAACACUCAAUUUGUCAAUUCCCGCGGGUGUCCAGGCCGACCAGAGGAUCCGUCUGUCAGGAAAAGGAAUUGCUCGCGUCAGCGGCUAUGGCUUUGGAGAUCACUAUGUCCAUGUCAAAGUAAAAAUACCAAAGACAUUGACAGAUAGACAGAAAUCUCUUUUAAUGAACUUUGCUGAGGAUGAGACAGAGAUAGAAGGGACGGUGAAUGGAAUCACAAACACCACCACAGGUGGGGGCAGCAGUGGUGGGCAGUCUAAGGCAGGGAAAAGCAGGCAUGUCGAGAAGGAAGCAGAGUUGAAAGAGGAGGGCUUCCUCUCCAAGUUAAAGAAAUUAUUUAGCUCUUCCUGACAGCCACAAACCAGGUAAAAGAUCCUCCUGGAACUAAGCCUGAAUAAGCAAAGAGGACGGUGUAAAGCAAGGACUGUAUCAAUAUAAAUGGUGGCAGAAGACUGGAAGACUUGUAGUGUUGGUUUAUUUUUUGGAUGGAUCACAAACACGUUUUCUAGCCAGCCCUGUAGUAAAACAUCCAAAGGAUUUCGGUUCCAGUGGAAGUGGAUCCACAGAUCCAAAGAGGAUGCGCCAGUCUGUCAAUCACCACAAAGACAUCUGCUGCAGCACUCAGUGCAUGCUGGUCAUCUGGUUGUUACCAAAACACAACGCUAAUGACAGAUACCAGAAAUAUUAUCGUAGUGAAAAAGACUACAAGAACAGUUAAGAGUCUAGUAAGGAUUAAAUCCAGCUAAUUCACUGCAGUGUAUGGCCCUUGUCUUUCAUUUUACGUUUCUUUUGUCAGCUCAGGUGGAAGUCGGAUUACAUCAUCAUGGACUACAUGAGUUUUAUUGUUGGAAGGUCUUACAUUGGACAGUCACUUGUCCAAGAAGGGGAAAUUUGUUAAACCCUUGAACUGUAAACUCUUAAUGACAGAAACAUCAAUUUAAUACUUUUUUUUUUUUUUGUUAUGUGCUGCAAAAAACUAUGUAACAGUUGUAAAACAAGUAUUCAACCAUGUAUCAUAUGGAAACUAUAUUCUGUAAAGUUUUAAUAAACAUAGGCUGGCUUUAAAAAAAAACAAAAAA